UCUCUGUCCCUGACUCACAGCCACUGUCCCAGCUUCAAGCCAACCCCUGCUCUUUACUGAAGCCUCAGCCCCAGGUUCCUCCGACAAUGUCAGACACCGAGGAGCAGGAUUAUGAGGAGGAACAGCAGGAAGAGGAGGAGGCCGCGGAGGAGGAGGAAGCCCCUGAGGAGUCCGAGCCGGUUGCAGAGCGAGAAGAGGAGCGCCCCAAACCCAGCAGGCCCAUGGUGCCUCCACUGAUCCCACCAAAGAUCCCCGAGGGAGAGAGAGUCGAUUUCGAUGACAUCCACCGAAAACGCAUGGAGAAGGACCUGCUGGAGCUGCAGACCCUGAUCGAUGUGCACUUUGAGCAGAGGAAGAAGGAGGAGGAGGAGCUCGUGGGGCUGAAGGACAGGAUUGAACGCCGGAGAGCAGAGAGAGCGGAGCAGCAGCGAGUCCGGACAGAGAAAGAGAGGGAGCGACAAGCCAAGCUGGCGGAGGAAAAAAUGAGGAAGGAGGAGGAAGAGGCGAAGAAAAGGGCUGAGGAUGAUGCCAAAAAAAAGAAGGUCCUGUCCAACAUGGGCGCCCACUUUGGGGGCUACCUGGUCAAGGCCGAGCAAAAGCGGGGGAAACGCCAGACUGGGAGAGAGAUGAAACAGAGGAUUCUGUCUGAGCGGAAGAAACCCUUGAACAUCGAUCACAUGGGGGAGGAGCAGCUCAGGGAGAAGGCCCGGGAGCUGUCCGACUGGAUUCACCAGCUGGAGUCGGAGAAAUUUGACCUGACCGAGAAGCUAAAGCAGCAGAAGUAUGAGAUCAACGUUCUCUACAACCGGAUCAGCCAUGCCCAGAAGUUUAGGAAGGGGGCCGGCAAGGGUCGUGUUGGCGGACGCUGGAAGUGAGCCUUCCAUCCAAGGAGAGGCCUGGAGAGAGGAUCACAGUGACCCUUCCCAUCUGGUCCCGAGAUGCCCCCUCUCCUCUGACCCUGCAGGCAGCCGCCCUCGUACCCACCUUCAGCUUCUUGCCUGCUCUUCUUGAAUAAACACACUCCUGGGUAGUCUGCCAAAA